UCAGGACAAAGAAUCUUUGUUGCUGUAACAUGGACACCAGUAGAAGAGGGAAAAGUCAGAGAACUGGUAACAUUUAUUAUUAAUGGCAUUGUAAAGCAUCAAGCUGUGCUCCUGGGUGUUGCUGAGCAGCCUCUGAAGAAAAAGAAGAGUCUUUGGAAUACUAUAAAAAAGAAAAACUCUUCAGAAACAUCUGCUUCAAUAAAAGUUAAAAAAAGUACCUUGAAAGUUAAAAAUGUUAAUAAAACCUUUCAAGUUUCCCAGAAGGUGGAUAGACUUAGAAGCCCACUUCAGCCAUGUGAGAAUCAGAACGCGAUGCAAAAUAGUGCGUCCCCAGGAAAUGACUCUCUUGUUGGCUCAGAAAAUAAAUUACCAAUAUCUCCUAUUGCACCAGUGCUGGAGGAACUUCGUAAUACCCCACUUGCAAUGAGAAGAUCUACUACGUUCUCAGAUAUUGCUGUUGCUGCCACUGUAAAUGAAUUACUGCCUGAAAUAGACAGCUGUAGUGUCAAGACGUUUGUUAGCAAGCACAAUGACUUAAAAUCUGAAAGUGCAUACAGUUCUACUGGGUUAUCAGAACUGCCAGUUUCAAACAAUGAAGUAGUUCUUAAUUGUACACUCUCACCAGUUUGCACUCCAGAACACUCAGCACCUGUGCCUGUUUUAAGUACAAGGAGGAUUUUAAGUCCAGAUUCUUUUGUAAAUGACAGUUAUCAAGUGGAUAUAGAGGAAACAGAGCAGUUUGUUCCAAUCCUGUCACCUGAUCAGUUUGUGAAAGACAGCUUGGCGGAUAAGCAAGCAAAGACUCCUAAACUUGAGGCUGCUUUAAUAUCUGCUGCAGAGACUUAUGUUGUAAAGAAAUUCCUGCCCUCAAAAUGGAAAAAAAAUGGAGAUGUAGAGACAAAAACACAUGUUCGUAUAGAACACAGCUUAAAUGAAGUCUUUGAGAUGCAUAAUGUAGAAUCACAGGUGCUUCAUUAUGACAAACCUGAAGAAAAUCACUUCCCAUUUCCUUCUACAGAGGAACUUCAGACUUGCAAUUCUUCUUGGAGAGAGCAACCAAAAAAGCGUCCAGUUCUUUCUGCCACUGUCAUCAAAAAUAAGCCUGCUGCUACUGAAGAAAAAAGAAUGGAAACCCUCCAGCCAAAAUCUAAAAAAUGCCUUAGUAAAGCGAUAGUGGAAUGUGCUAAUGUGAUGCCUGUAGAUACAAAAGCAGAAAUAUCUAAACACCUUCCAGUUAUAGGUCCCAUUUCAGCUGAAAAUAAGCAUCACGACAGAGUAAAUUCAUCUUCUACUGAAUCAACUUCUUUAUGUCGUAAAAGGAAGAGUGAAAUAUAUAUAGAAGACAGUAAAGUUACAGCUCCAGUGCACGUGGAAGAAGUGGAAAGAAAAAGAGCUCUUACAUCUACUGUGGACAAUAAAACGCAUACUAGUAUGAGACCAUCAGCCUUCAAGCCCACAAACCGAGAGAGAGCAGGGCAGAGAAGGAAAGCUGGUUCUUCAGUUCAGAAAGCGUCUAGAACUACCAACAGAAUUAGUAAACCCAUCCCUGGAUUGGCUCAGUCUCACCUGACUUUUGUGAAGCCCCUGAAAACAGUCAUCCCUAGGCACCCAAUGCCUUUUGCUGCUAAAAACAUGUUUUAUGAUGAGCGUUGGAAGGAGAAGCAGCAACGAGGUUUCACCUGGUGGUUAAAUUUUGUACUGACCCCUGAUGACUUUAGUGUGAAAACAAACACUUUGCAAGUAAAUGCAGCUGCUCUUAUCUUGGGAGAAGAGAACCAUCGUAAACCCAGUGUUCCUAAAGCACCAACGAAAGAUGAAGCCUCUCUAAAAGCUUAUACGGCUCAUCGUAAGCUGAAUAAGUUACGACGUGAUGCUUGCCGUUUGUUUACCUCUGAAAAAAUGGUUAAAGCUAUUAGGAAGCUGGAAGUUGAGAUUGAAACUAGACGUUUGCUUGUUCGCAGAGACAGACACCUCUGGAAAGAUGUAGGAGAGAGGCAGAAAGUCCUUAACUGGCUUUUAUCUUACAACCCUUUGUGGCUACGUAUAGGUCUGGAGACUGUUUAUGGAGAACUGAUAGCUUUGGAGAGUAAUAGCGAUGUUAUGGGUUUAGCAAUAUUUAUCCUUAAUCGCUUGCUUUGGAACCCUGACGUUGCAGCUGAAUACAGACAUCCCACUGUGCCUCACCUUUACCGAGAAGGUCAUGAAGAAGCUUUGUCAAAAUUCACACUGAAAAAAUUGCUGUUGUUGGUUUGCUUUCUGGAUUGUGCGAAACAGUCCAGAAUGAUUGACCAUGACCCUUGCCUCUUUUGUAGGGAUGCAGAGUUCAAGGCUAGCAAAGACCUUCUACUUGCAUUUUCUCGGGACUUCCUGAGUGGCGAAGGUGACCUCUCCCGCCAUCUUGGUUUCUUAGGACUACCUGUCAGUCAUAUUCAAACUCCACUUGAUGAAUUUGAUUUUGCUGUAACCAAUCUGGCUGUGGACUUACAAUGUGGCAUUCGUCUUGUGAGAACAAUGGAACUUCUCACCAAAAACUGGAAUCUCUCAAAACAACUGAGAGUUCCUGCAAUAAGUCGUCUACAGAAGAUGCAUAAUGUUGACAUUGUUCUUAAUGUCCUUAAAGAGCGAGGAAUUCACUUGAAAGAUGAAAGUGGUGCUUCAAUUGACUCCAGGGAUAUUGUGGAUAGACACAGAGAACGAACGUUAGCGCUCCUGUGGAAAAUUGUCUUUGCGUUUCAG